AUGACACACUUAUCUAGUAUACCAGUUGGUCGUGGCCAUAUUAUUUUCGUUCGUAACGACGAUGCGCGUGAUUAUUAUGUUUUGUAUUAUGAUGGUUAUGGCACUCAACACGUGAAAUAUAAUAUAGCUGGUAUGGAAUCCACGGAAAAUGAUAAAAAACCGGCUACGGCCUUUAUAUUACAUAGAAAAAGUAUGCAAGAAUGUUUCAACAUUCUCAAUUUAAAGUUAAAACGUCAGGAUAUCUCUAAGAUUUCAAAAAAAAUUUGGAAAGAUCUCAGUAAAACGGAUACACAAUUAAUCGAGACUAUAAAAGAGUCUUAUCGUAAUGCUCUAGAAGAAUAUAGAAGAACCCAUUUUAGAAUACAAAGCUAUGAAGGUCCUCAAGGUCCUUCUCGAGUCGAAUCCCAAUUCCCAAAUUAUGCCGAAUUCGAUUAUCAUUUUUAUAACCCAACCGAAGGGGAAUUGAUUAAUGAUCUAUUCCUCGAAAAUCGAAACUUCGUUUAA